GCCGUGCAACCGGAAAUGUCCCGGGAGGCGUCGCUUCCGGAAGUGUGGCAAAUCCCCCACCACACCAGGAAGUGUGGUGCCGCGGCGGCUCCUGGAAGUGUUGCUGUCCACCCAGUUGAGAGGCGAGCUUGAAACAGGGAUGUGCAGAUGGAGGCCGGAGGAGAUAGUACUGUCCCAGCCCCCGGGGGCGUGGAGGACUUGGUGGACACGCAGUCGCCCAGUGAGGAGGCUGGAGACAGCGAAGGGGUUCACCCGAGCACGCCGGAUCCCGGAGAUGGGAACCCGGAGGAGGACACAGGAUCCAAGGCGAAGGACCAGCCAUCCAGCCCCCUAUCACCUUUGCCUCAGGCUGAGGCCGCAUCAAGCACUUGUGAGCACUGGAAAACUGCAGUUUCAGACAGCAGUCCCACUGGAGAACCUGAGAGUACUUCUGAGGGUCAAGGAGAAGACCCCAGUGAUGGGGAUCCCAGUGAUGGGGACCCCAGUGAUGAGGACUGGCGCAGCCAACGGAAGCAUGUGUUUGUGCUGAGUGAGGCAGGCAAGCCCAUCUACUCACGGUAUGGUAGUGUCGAGGCGCUUUCUGCCACCAUGGGUGUGAUGACGGCCCUUGUGUCCUUCGUGCAGAGUGCAGGAGAUGCCAUUCGUGCCAUCUAUGCCGAGGACCACAAGCUGGUGUUCUUGCAGCAGGGGCCACUCCUGCUGGUGGCUGUGUCCCGAACUCCGCAAUCUGCAGCACAGCUACGGGGUGAGCUGCUUGCAGUCCAUGCACAAAUUGUGAGCACACUGACACGCGCAAGUGUGGCCCGCAUCUUCGCACAUAAGCAGAACUAUGAUCUCCGUCGCCUGCUGGCUGGCUCAGAGCGCACACUGGACCGGCUCCUAGACAGUGUGGAGCAAGACCCUGGUGCCCUGCUCCUGGGUGCUGUGCGCUGUGUGCCCCUGGCCCGUCCACUGCGGGAUGCCCUGGGCACUCUACUGCGGCGCUGUACAGCCCCAGGCCUGGCCCUAUCUGUGCUGGCUGUUGGAGGUCGACUGAUAACGGCAGCCCAGGAGAGGAACGUGCUGGCCGAGUGCCGGCUAGACCCAGCUGAUCUGCAGUUACUGCUUGACUGGGUGGGUGCACCAGCCUUUGCGGCAGGUGAGGCAUGGGCACCUGUGUGCCUGCCUCGCUUCAACCCAGAUGGUUUCUUCUACGCCUAUGUGGCCCGCCUGGAUUCCAUGCCCGUCUGCCUGCUGCUGCUCGGCACCAACCGUGAAGCCUUCCAUGCCAUGGCUGCCUGCCGGCGCUUGGUUGAAGAUGGAAUGCACAACCUUGGUGCCCUGCGUACCCUGGGGGAGGCUGCCAGCUUCUCUAAUGGCCCAUCAGCCAAUGCCCCUGCCUACAGUGUGCAGGCUGUGGGAGCACCUGGCCUCCGGCAUUUCCUCUAUAAGCCACUGGACAUCCCUGACCAACACCGCCAGCUGCCGCAGUUUACCAGUCCUGAGCUAGAGGCCCCCUAUAGCAGAGAGGAGGAGCGACAGCGGCUGUCCGACUUGUAUCACCGCCUGCAUGCUCGCCUCCAUAGCACCUCCCGGCCCCUGCGCCUCAUUUACCACGUGGCUGAGAAGGAGACACUGCUGGCCUGGGUGACCUCCAAGUUCGAGCUCUACACUUGCCUCAGCCCCCUGGUGACCAAGGCAGGUGCCAUCUUAGUAGUGACAAAGCUCCUGCGCUGGGUAAGGAAGGAAGAGGACCGGCUCUUCAUCCGUUACCCACCCAAGUACUCCACACCUCCCUCCACCUCGGGAGACCAGGCCCCCAGCAAUGGCUUGUUCGCAGGACUCUGAACAACUGCUGCAGUGACGGCAUUUGGCUUUUACAUUCUGUCUCUACUAUGGAUAUGUGGGUAGAGGGUUGUGUGGGGCUGGUCCCCGUCUCCCUGGACAGGUGGGAACAAAUGGGAGAAGGAGGAAAGCAGCCAGAGGCACAGGUUGCUCCGUGAGCCCCCUCGUGCACCUCCACAUCUGACCUCUGCGUCACCUCCCUAACCUGAGUGCCACUGCACCCUCUGUCACCGGCCAUCUCCUCCAAGACUCUUCAAAGCAGCGAAGGUUGCUGCCGCGUCCAUCUUCCAAGCAGGCCUGAGACUGGCCUGAGGCUGUCCUCAGGGUAGUGGGUAACCCACAAGGGCUCUGGAAUUUGUAAUGCAGGGGUAGGCUGUGCUUGAAACCAGCCUGUGGUUGUUUAAAGAAAACUGUACAGAAAGGGCCUAAAGCUGAAUCCCACAAGACAUUCUUCUGUCCUUCAUGUCUUUUUUCCCUACUUAAAAAAAAAACAAAAACAUCGGGCUGUUUUGAACAUGAAUAAAAAGGUGGCCUCCAGUAUCCACCCGUGUAAGACAUGCCACCGGACUUCCCCCAUCCGCUGGGAUGUAGCUUUCUGAAGAUGCUCUUAGCCUCUAAGGCUUUCUGCUCACGGAAGUGUAACUUUCUUUCGGCCCUCUUGGAGCUCUGUAAACCUACACGGGUUGGCGCUGUGCUGUGCUGCUGCCCAGUACAAACCUGUUUGCUCUGGACAUUGGCCACUUGCAGGAACAACCUAAAGAAGAGCCCUUAAAGAGCUUCCACGUACCACCCACCUCAACUGCCCCAGCAUGGUUUAGAGACAGGGCCCUGAGGUUGGGCGCAUGCGUGCUAACUAUCAGUUGCGAUGCAGACGUUCUGCGCUUGUUCUGAGCAGCCCCACCCCCUGGUGUCAGGCAAAGUCUGUAGCAGCACGUGCUGCCAUCCCCACUGCUGUUUUUCUUCCGAGGCACAUGCGCAGAUUCCCCGUGUUGGGAAAUGGCUGCUGAGCUGGAGCCUUUGAUGGCGGAGUGGCGGGUACCUGAGGAGGCUGAAGAUACCCCAGGUAGUGAGGGCCCACAGGGCAGACGGGAGAGAGGCUUUGGCUCAUUAUAAUUGAGAGUAAUUUUUUUAGAAAAGGUUUUAGCCUAUUGAAACUUCUAACUUCCACAAAGUGGAAAUAAAUAACAUAUGUGUUCUCAUCAUCUAGGUUAACUUGCCAACUUUAUUGACCAUAUUAAAUAUCUUAAGCAAAUAGUUCAUUUCAGAGCCCGUUACUAAGCAAAUUCAGAAGGGAUCGUGAUAUUGUCACAAAAACUGGCCUGUCGCUACCUAGCUGAGGGAGGGACCACUGUCGUUUCACAGCCUACAUCACUACACAGAUUAUUCAAGGCUCUUGAGAAUGGUUUCGCCCACUUUUUCCAAAUUUGUUUUGACUUCAGUAAUGACAGUUUUCCCCUCACUGGGAGCAGUGAGAUGGAGUCCAGCCUAGAAACUACUGGAAAUUGCAGUUCCUUCGAAAGAAAAUCUCUUAGGAUAAAUACACCAGAAGAGCAUUGUUUUAAUUAUAGAAAAUUUCUAAACAUCCUAAGGUAUAGAAAAUGGCAUGACCGGUGACUCCGGCCCUGCUUCAACGAGUGUUCAAUCUUUGUCCUUGCACUGUCUCUACCUUCUGCCCCCGCACACCCAGUCUCACUACAUGAGCAAACACAGGAGGCAGCAUCUCGCCAGACCUGCCUAUUCAGAUUCCAUAACAAUGAGUGUGGCCUUCAAGAAGGAGACCUGCUGUUUCCCUAGGCACCGGAAACACCUGCUUGGUGCUUGGCACUCAGUGAUUUUUUAAAUGGAUAAAUAAUGAGAUCAUUUUAGUAGAAUUUGUCUUAAAUUGUAGCCACAUGUUGGGUGUCAGUUUUCAAAGAUCAGAAGUCAGACAAGACACACUUUAUUAACCGUUUGAUACAGUGUUACAGAGAUUUAAAAACUUAGCGUCAACCUUUCAGAUUCCUCAAAGUUUAACAAGUCAUCGGCACUGGAGGAAGCUAGAAGGCAUAUCAGGUUGUACUUCUUAGACUCUGAUUGGCCAUAGGGCAUCAUACGUGGGAGGAUCAUAAAGGCACCAGUGGCCUUCUGGUAGAGGCUAAUGUUUUUAGCAGAUGCUGUUCCACAUCUGCAACCUCCAUGCUAGGUAAUCAAGGAGACCGACUACACAAGCCUGGAGCAAGGGUGAGCAAUGGUGAGUUACUAACAGGCAGAGACAGAAGAAGUGAUCAAAAAUGACCACAUCUAGCUAUAUCUGUGCAGUUGUAGAUCUUUUCAAGAGGUGGAGAAACACAGUUUUCAGUUGAUAUAAUUGUUCAUUCAUAAAAGAUGAGCCCCAGAGGGUUUUUUUUUUUUUAUUGAAUAAUUGGAAUUGAAACAAGGAAGGAGAAUGGUUAGUCAAGAGCAGCUGCUUGAAAGGUGUCUGAGGUAAGCGCACUUUGUGACUCUGGUAAAGGCCUUGGAUUUGAGGGAGGGGAGCAAAAUAGAGGCCUCUCAUGAUGUAUUGCUUUAUUUAUCUCUUAGAAAAAUAGGUAGUAAAAUAUAAUUUAAAAUAUGAGAGGGAGAGGGAAUACUGAGCAGCACCUGAGGCUUAUCCAGAUUUAAACUGUGCAGUCACUGGGAGCCUCUGUAUGUAGGAAAUAUGCACUGGAGUAUUAAGGACUAAUGGGCCAUACUAUCUGCAACUUACAGUUGAAAAACCCUCAAACACAGAGAAUCUGAUAGCGUUCCACAGCCUAUUUCUAUGAUUUUUGUAUACAUCAAAAAUAAUUUCAAAAUAAAAUGUUAAAAGGGGACUUAACCUUCUGCAGGGUCUUUUCUUUUAUAAAGUGGAAGGUUUUUGUUGUUUUUUAAGUUCACAGAGAUGCUAGAUUUCAAGUUUUUUAAAAUUAGAAUUUUAAAAUUUUCUUAUCAGGGGUUGGAGGGAUGGCUCAGGAGUUAAAAACACUAGCUGUUCUUGCAGAGGGUCGGGUUUGAUUCCCAGUGCCCACAUAGUGGCUCACAGCUGUCUAUAACUCCUGUUCCAGGGGAUCUGAGACCCUCUUCUGACCUCCACAGAGACCAGGCAAACACGUGGUGAACCUGCAAGGCAGAACUUCAUACACUAAAAGUGAAAAAAACUAGAAGAUUAUUUUUUUUAUUACUCACCCUGGGUCUUAUGACUAGCAGUAAAAAGACAGAGAGAGAGAGAAACAUGGAUGGAGCUUUGUCAGAAGUAGUUGCAAGACCAACUGGAGAAUACGGGCUGGUCAGGUAACACUACAUGUGGUCUGAGUGUCAUAGACAGUACAUGACGGCUGCUGAUCAUGUGGGUGUGAUUAUAGUAACAGACAAGCAAAUAUGGGUGAUGUUAACUGCCAUAGCAUUGAGGCUGUGUGUGCUAGCUAGCAUUCAUCACGGCUUCCGCACACUCUGUGUUUGAAAGCUUUCAUAAAAUGUUAAGAAAACAAACACCUUUCUCUGUUGUGAGGUUUUCUUUCUUUGCAAAAUGUUAAAUAAUUUUAAAUAAUUAAAAAAAUGUCUUAAGAGGAGAUGUCAACUUAUCGGUAGUAUCAUGUCAUGAGAUACGGGGCCAAGGAAAAAGGAAAGUUUCAUCUCUUCAAAGAUUUUUGUAGUGUUUGGGUUUUUUAGAAUGUUAGUUGGGUACGAGAUUUUUUUUUUUUUAAGUGACACAUGAAAUACAUUUUCAGAAGGAAGUGUUGGUGAAAUGAGACUUUUUAAAAAGAUUUUAUUUAUAUUUGUGUAUGUAUGUGUGUGUUUGUGUGUGUGUAUGUGGCGUUACUGAAUUUGGGCCCCUUGCAAGAGUAGUAUUUUUGCCCUUGUAACCUCUCAGGCACUUCACCAGCCAAGAGACUAACUUUUACUGCCAUGCUCUACUAUACAUGUCUAAGUAAUUAAAAUUUUAAACAAACAUAAACAAAUGUAUACUAGUAACUUAUAGAUUUUAGUGAGACAAAAGGAUGCUAAAAAUGUGAACAUGCACCCUCAUUUCAACAAGAAGAGCUCAGGGUUUUUGUUGUUGUUGUUUUAAGGUAUACAAUGGCUGUAAAGAAUUUCAUCCUGUCAAUGUGCUGUAAUUCUCCAAAGCAUCUUCAUUAUAAACAGUGAAGGGAUGAACAUCUUGUCUACCAUCCCAUUAACAGCGUCUUUAAAAUGCAUUCUUAGUAGCAAGAGGUUCAGAUCUGGAGGAGAUAAGGUUGUCUGCGUAUAUAUUACCAAAAAAAUUGAAAUGCAGCACUGGUUUUGCCAGUCAAUUUGAAUGGUAGACACAGCCUCUGAUGUGGCAGGUAGCCUCUAAGUAGUUGGUAUUCAGGUGUAUCCAGCAGGCACGUGCCAAUGAAAAGCAGAAGCGUGUGUUGGAUGGGAUACGAGGUAAAGUGUGUCCCUGGAAAUGGCCUUGUAGCUUAGCUACAAAAAUCCUGGCCUAGCCUGUGUGAGGCUCUGAGUUCAAUUUACAGCAUCACAAAAAUUAAUUAAUUGAAAUAAAAGUGUGAACCUCCUCCCCGGCUUGAGUCCAUCAGAACCUCAUGGUAUAAUACAUUGUACACAUGUAUGAAAUUGUCAUAGAAUCAAAAAUAAAUAAAUGCAAAACAGUGACUUUACUUGAAA